AUGGCAUUCGACAAAUUAAGAUCCAAUAAUCUUAAACAAACUACACAUCCCAAAUCUCCUAAGCUUGGAAGGAACAAAGGCACUACCUCUACAGUUAGCAACUCCCUCGAAAAUGAAGGAUCAUGUAUUAUUCCACGAGUCACUACUGGCAACUCACCAAAGUCGACUCCCAAGGUAAAUGGUGUCAAGAGUAAUGCUGCUCUCAAGAAGUCCGUAAAAAACUCCCAACCCAAGUCGCAUUACCGGGAAUCUAUUAUUGAUAAAACUCAAGAAAAGCCAAGCAAAGUGAAAUCAAAAAAUGCAGGAACUGAGGCUCAAGAUGAGAAAACUUGUGCUCAGAACUCCGAAGGAAUCCCCCCAAGUCAACCUGUUUGUUACCCUGAAAUCGAAGAUGGGAUGGAAAAGAGUUUUGAAAAGAAUUCUUCUAACAAUCGAUCAUCUCUGGCUUCAAUACCAGACUGCUAA